UCACCAUCACCUCUCCUUCCAACCCAUCACUGCAGGAUUUGCACUCAGUGAGGGCACAGUCACUUGCUGAUGAUUCCCUGACUGUAGCAUGGAUUAUCUCAGACAGACAGAACUCUCACAGUGAUGGGUAUGUGGCAAUGCUGGAGGGAUGUAAGGUGAGAAAGUCACCCCAGUCACUGUCACAGCCACGACAGACAUGGCAUCAAAAUUGCUGCUCAGCCUUAAGAUAUUAAAUACAGCACUAUGGAGAGUGCAAACAGCCCCAUUGUGUUCAAGCAGCUGUGAGCAGUUCCAGCAGCGCUCAGACCUCUGCAGGAAGGAUUGCAGUCAGGGUUAGCAGGCUCAGAGCCACUGGAGGAAGGACAGGAGCCCACAUGCCUGCUCUGCCAUGCACUCAUUUCCUCCAUGGGUGGGCAUGAGAGGUGAGGCAUUGUGCUGUUACCACCAGGCAAGCUUCACACUUUGCAGCUCAGCAGCCCUGCAGUCAAAAUACUGUACGUUUUCUGACUCCUGAGCAAGCAGCAGCUCCCACCACAUGCUAAUAACCUGUCUGCUCCUCCACACAGAGGGUGAGCUGGAUGAAGAGCACUGGGGGUUGCAUUUUGCUGCAUGUGCUGGCAAGCAGCAGUCUCCCAUUGACAUCCAGAGGAAGAAGGCGGUGCACAACGUGCAGCUGCUGCAGCUGGAGCUGAGCGGGUACAGCCAGCCACUGCAGGGGGACUUCACCAUGACCAACAACGGGCACUCAGUCCAGAUCGAUUUGCCACCCACCCUGUCCAUCUCCCGUGGGCUCCCGCGCCCCUACACCGCAGUGCAGAUGCACCUGCACUGGGGAGGCCUGGACCUGGAGACCAGCGGCUCCGAGCACACGCUGGAUGGGAUGAGAUACGUGGCAGAGCUGCACAUCGUCCAUUAUAACUCUGCAGACUACUCAAGCUUUGAAGAAGCCAAAGACAAACCCAAUGGACUGGCGGUGCUUGCCUUCUUGUACGUGGUAGGACACUUGGAGAAUACCUACUACAGUGAAUUCAUUUCCAAAUUGGCAAAAAUCAGGUUUGCAGGUCAGUCAACCAAGCUCACUUCUCUGGACGUCCAAGCCAUGCUGCCAGAAAACCUCUCACACUUCUACAGGUAUCAGGGCUCGCUCACAACCCCACCCUGCUCUGAAAGUGUCACCUGGACCGUCUUCGACUCUCCCAUCAUCCUGUCUCAUGCACAGAUCGGCCUGCUGGAGAACACCUUGCUGGACUGGCACAACAGGACGCUGCGCAACGACUACCGGCACGCACAGCCCCUGCACGGCCGCGUGGUGGAGGCUUCCUUCCAAGCCAGACCCAGACAAGAACAAUGCCAGCCAGAAGAACUCAGCCUCAAACUGGAACAAAUCCAGACACAGCUCCGAGACAUGAAGAAAGAAGAAGACGUAACAGCUGGCUUCUCAAUCAUUUCAGGUAUUACACCCAGCACAUUCCCAGCUUUCUACUUCCCCAUGGAAAACAUUGAGAGCUUUGUGGAGGUCCGUCCCAGCCAUGAGAUGUCUCUCCAAGCCUUCACCCUGUGCUUCUGGACGCAAGCCCAGCACGUGGGCACUCAGACUGUUCUCUCCUACUCCACACGGGAGAGGGACAACGAGCUGGUGAUGACCACAGGCACAGAUGUGGGAUUGUGGAUAGGAGGCCAUUUUGUCAGCUUCCCCCUCUACCACAAGGCACAGGACUGGCUGCAUUACUGCGUGGCAUGGGCUUCCCAGUCUGGAAUAGCAAUUCUGUGGCUCAAUGGAGCUGCUGGGGAUGCAAAGAGCAUCCAGAAAGGCUAUGUGAGCCAGGCUGGAGGGAUGCUUGUCCUUGGGAAGGACAGAGACACUCUUCUUGGGACAUUCUCCAAUGGGUUUGCAGGGUGGAUGACGCAUGUGAACCUGUGGAGCCAAGUCCUCAGCCCUGCAGACGUUCGGGCACUUGCACAGUGCAAAGCAGGAAAGCUGAAGGGAGAUGUCAUUGCAUGGGGGGAAACCCCCAUGACCCUCUUUGGGGGGGUGGUGCUGGAGGCUGACACCAGCUGUCAGUGA